AUGGUGGUUGGUGAAUCACGAACAGAACUAUUACAAUGGAUCAACACCAUAUUGGACCUAAACUACACCAAGAUAGAACAAUGUGGUACCGGAGCUGCAUUUUGUCAAUUGAUGGAUUCAAUAGUUGGUGGUGUACCUUUGAACAAGGUUAAAUUCAAUGCCAAUACUGAAUAUGCUUAUCGACACAAUUGGAAAAUAUUACAACUGGAGUUUAUAAAACACCGAAUUACUAAAAACAUUGAUGUUGAAAGAUUGAUCAAGUGUCGUUUACAAGAUAAUUUGGAGUUGUUACAGUGGUUUAAACGAUAUUGGAAUGAAAAUGCUGAUGUUCAUAAUCAAUAUGAUGCAUUGAGUAAACGAAAUGGAGUUGGUACUGGCACUGUUAAUAACAGUCCGUAUAAUACAGUGAGUCUGAUUCCUACUGUUAAUGGUAACUCUACAUUAAGACAGCAACAACAGCAACAGAGCUUAGCACCACCUGGAUCUAUUACCAGAAAACGUCAAAUAAGUCAAAGUCCUGGAUUAAUGAAUACCACUCAGAGUCAUAAUGGGUAUAAUAGUGAUCAGAAUAUGCAAUUUGGUGAUAAGGUAAACACUCAAAAUGAAUCAUCUCCACAACCACAACCAUCUCAAGAUGCAUUGUUGUCUUCGAACUAUACUAGCAGUACUAUGUCAGCUAAAGUUAGACCCAGAAAAUCAGUUACUCCAACCACAUCAUCAAGAAACUCCACUCCUAUUCAGCGACCAAGAAAGACUUCAGAUCGACAAGUGAAGAGAGUUUCAUCUCAAGGCAAUGGUAAUGGUAUAAUGGGGAAUGUGGCGAGUGAUGAAUCUUUGAGCAAUGGCAGAUACAAGUCUUUAGUAACAUUAGGUGGAGGGGGAGCAGCAGUGGCUAUGAAUUCAAGCGUGAGUGAUAACACCUCUUCGUCUUUUCAAACCACAACAUCGGCAACUGCUAUUCCAUACACAUCAACCAAUGAGCACCAGCAUCAUGAAGUACAAGCACACGCUAGUAAUCGAAAUGGAAGUAGCAUCAAUGAAGGCUACAACAACGGCUACCAAAUCACCAAUGAAGAAGUUGAAAUAAUACUUGACAAAAACAGUCAAUUGGAAAAUCAAUUGAAUGAGUAUAAAUUAAAUUGUGACACAUUACAAGUUGAACGAAAUUUCUACUUCAAUAAAUGUCGUGAUAUUGAAAUAUUGAUUCAAAAUAUUGAACAUAAUGAAACUCUAAUGUCUGAGUUGGAUGUUUUGACUUUAUUGAAAAAGAUUGAAGAUACAUUGUAUGCUACUCAAGAAGGUUUUAGUUCUGAAGUUCAUCAUGUGGCUGGUGAUGAUCACAUGUUGGAUAGUGAGUUUUAG